UGUUGUAUGUUGAUAUUCAGGAUGAAGACAGUUGUGAAGAUGGCAUGCCUAAGGAGUUUUAAAAGAUGCAGACCGCCUGAUUGAAAAUGGUACUUCUAUGUUUUAUCCCAUUCAAUUAGGAAAUUGCUACUGCGUCAUAAGUAAAUCAUGAUUACAUUAACUGAACUCAGAUGCUUAGCAGAUGUCCAGGCAUCAUUUCACAUCUUGAAACCAUGGUGGGAUGUUUUCUGCUACUAUCUUACCAUGAUAAUGCUGCUUGUUGCCGUCCUUGCUGGGGCUCUUCAACUCACUCAGACUAGAUUGUUAUGUUGUCUUCCUUGCAAGCUUGAAUUUGACAAUCAUUGUGCAGUGCCUUGGCAUUUGAUUAAAAGCAACAUCAAUGAAUCCUUCACCUCUGCAACACCAGAAAUUCGUCCUCUUCAAAUCCAGAAUUAUCUUCAUAGGCAGCAGUAUUCUUACAUUGAUGCCGUGUGUUACGAGAGAGAACUUCACUGGUUUGCCAAAUUUUUCCCAUACUUAGUGCUUCUCCACACUUUCAUUUUUGCAGCUUGCAGUAAUUUCUGGCUUUACUAUCCCAGCACAAGUUCAAGGCUAGAGCAUUUUGUAGCCAUACUUCACAAAUGUUUCGAUUCCCCUUGGACCACACGUGCCCUAUCAGAAACAGUUGCUGAACAAUCUGUGAGGACUGUGCCAUGCUCCAAAUCCAAAACAUUUCUUCCCUCCCCAAGCAACAUGGCAGAGCUGGAGAGCAAGAGGCAAUCAAUGUCCUACUCACAGACCGGACUAGAAACUGCUGGAAGAGAGAGCACAUCAAAUGUUCUUGACCGAAGAGAAGGGGAACAAGCAAAAUCAAUAUUUGAGAAAGUGAAGCGAUUCAGGGUACAUGUUGAGCAGAAAGAUGUCAUUUAUAGAGUGUAUCUAAAACAGAUUGUGAUCAAGGUCGUUGUGUUCAUUUUAAUAAUGAUUUAUGUUCCAUAUUAUUUAACCUUUAUUAACCUAGAAAUUGAUUGUACAGUUGAUAUUCAAACCUUCACUGGCUACAAGCGAUACCAAUGUGUUUAUUCACUGGCCGAAAUUUUCAAAGUGCUUGCUUCAUUUUAUGUUGUCUUGGUGAUUUUAUAUGGCCUGACAUGCACUUACAGUUUGUUAUGGAUGCUGAGAAGUUCACUUAAACAAUAUUCUUUUGAGGAGCUGAGGGAGCAGAGUAAUUACAGUGAUAUCCCUGAUGUAAAAAAUGACUUUGCCUUUAUUCUUCACCUGGCAGACCAGUACGACCCUCUGUAUUCAAAGCGGUUCUCAAUAUUUCUCUCUGAGGUGAGUGAAAAUAAGCUGAAGCAAAUUAGUCUCAAUAACGAGUGGUCUCUAGAGAGACUGAAGAGCAAGCUGGUACGAAACCCUCAAGACAAAAUGGAACUUCAUCUUUUUAUGCUUAGUGGUCUUCCAGAUGAUGUCUUUGAACUCACAGAGAUAGAGGUUCUGACUCUAGAGCUUAUUCCUGAGGUUAAACUUCCACCAUCUCUAAACCAGCUAUCCAAUCUGAAAGAACUAAACAUUUAUCAUUCAUCAUUAACUGUAGAAUAUCCAGCACUGCACUUCCUCGAAGAUAAUCUAAAAAUUCUGCGUCUAAAAUCUGUUGAUAUGGGAAAGAUUCCACGCUGGGUAUUCUAUCUUAAAAAUUUACAGGAACUGUACUUGACUGGAUGUUAUGUGCCAGAACCCCAGAAUGGCUUCUGCAAUGAGGGUUUUCAAGACCUUGUAAAUCUGAAAGCAAUUCAUUUAAAGAACAGCCUUUCCCGCAUUCCUCAGGUGGUUACAGACCAAUUGCCUUCACUGCAGAAAUUAUCUAUUGACAAUGAGGGGAGAAAACUGUUAGUGUUGACCAACUUGAAGAAGCUCUUAAACCUGAGAAUCUUAGAACUGAUCAGCUGUGAUUUGGAGCGCAUUCCUCAUUCUAUUUUCAGCCUAAACUAUUUGCGUGAAAUAGAUUUGAAAGAAAACAAUCUCCGAACAGUAGAAGAAAUUAUUAGCUUUCAGCACCUUGAAAAUCUUUCUUGCCUGAAGUUGUGGCACAACAAAAUAUCUUACAUCCCUGUGCAGAUUGGUACCUUAGCAAACUUAGAACAGCUCUAUUUAAAUCACAAUAACAUUAAAAAAAUCCCACCGCAACUCUUUCUUUGCAUAAAGCUACAUCAUCUGGAUCUGAGUUACAAUAAGCUAACCUCUGUUCCUGAUGAAAUCCAAUAUUUAGCAAAUUUGCAGUACUUUGCUGUGACAAAGAAUCAUAUUGAAGAACUUCCUGACGAAUUAUUCCAGUGCAAAAAGCUACAGUACCUUCUUCUGGGACAUAACAGCCUAAUGCAUUUGUCCCCUCGAGUUGGUGAGCUUUCCAGCCUUGUUCAGCUGGAGCUCAAAGGAAACUAUCUGGAGUUACUUCCUGCUGAGCUAGAGGAAUGUAAUUCUCUGAAACGGAGUUGUCUAAUUGUAGAAGAAUGCUUGCUAAAAACACUCCCCCUUCGAGUAUCAGAGCAUGUACAGAUAUGCUUGGACAAAGUUUGAGUUUGAGAAAAGUGUGCAUGUGGACAAAAAUCAUGGUUCAAAGAAAAAUAUACACGAAAGAAGAGAAACACAGGUCUGCCCAUUGACUUCAGUUUCCUAAUAAUAAAUCGACAUUAAACUCCUAAGCAGAAAUACAGACCUGGCAAGUAUCUGCAUGCAUUUCAUUCAAACCUGAAAUUAAUGUGCAGAAAAUUAAGUGGUUAGUGUAAUCAGUACUUAAGUAACCGAGAUUGAAUAACAUUAUUCAGGUCUAGAAAAGUGUUUU